AUGACGGAAGCAGAGGCAGCUCCUGUUGAUGAGAAGAAAUUGUCAAAUAAAGAAUUAAAGGAACUUAAAAAGAAAGAGAAAGCAGCAAAAAGAGCAGCUCAAAAAGAAGCAAGUGGUAUAACACCUGAACAACAAAAGCAAAUAGCAGAACAAAAGAUUGAAAAGAAGAAACAGAAACAAAAUACUGCAACCAAUCUCAAAAAGCAAUUAAAUCAAGCAGUUAUUAAAGAUGACAGAAAAAUCCCACAUUUAUUUGGUCAUUUAGAAACUAGAGAACAAAGAAAUGCAUCAUCACCUACCAUAUCUCACAUUGUUCAUCCUGCAAUAUUAUCAUUAACUUUAAAAUAUUCAAGUUAUAGUAUAGUUGGAUCAGUGGCGAGAUUAACAAAUAUGCUAAAAGUUUUUAAACAAGUUAUACAAGAUUACGAAACUCCAGAAAAUACAACACUAACAAGACAUUUAACUGGUCAUUUAUCACAUCAAAUAGAGUAUCUUAAAUCAGGUCGUCCCUUAUCAGUUUCAAUGGGAAAUGCUAUAAGGUGGUUGAAACAAGAAAUUUCAUUGAUUUCAAUUGAUACAUCAGAAAAAAAGGCUAAAGAAAUACUUUGUCAAAAAAUAGAUGAUUUUAUAAAAGAGAAAAUUGAAUUAUCAGAUCAAUUAAUUGUUGAAAACGCAUCAAAACAUAUAGCUAAUGGCUCAACAAUCUUAACAUAUGGACAUUCACAAGUUUUGGAGGAAUUAUUUAUAUAUUGUGCAGAACAACAAAAGAAAAAUUUUACACUAGUGAUAGUGGAUUCAAGACCUUUAUUUGAGGGUAAAAAAUUAUUAAACAAUAUGGUGAAAAAAAUAGGAGAUGAUUUUCCAGAUUAUAUCAACGUUCAUUAUGUUCUAUUAAAUGCAUUAUCUUCAACAUUACUAGAAGAUGUUGAUUGUGUAUUUUUAGGUGCUCAUGCAAUGUUAUCAAAUGGUAGAUUAUUUGCUAGAGUAGGAACAGCAAUGAUUGCAAUGAUGUGUCAUACAAGAAAUAUACCAGUUUUAACAUGUUGUGAAUCAAUAAAAUUUUCAGAUAAAGUCCAAUUAGAUUCAGUUACAAAUAAUGAAUUAGCAGAUCCAGAAGAUUUAAUAAAUAGGAAACCAACAAAAAAAUCAUUUGCAUUAGAACAAUUUAUUGGUAAAAAAGAGGAAAAUAAUAAUGAUGAUGAACCAUUACAAAAUUGGAGAAAAAUACCUGCAUUAAAUGUUUUAAAUAUAAUGUAUGAUUUGACUCCUCCUGAAUAUAUCAAUAAAGUUGUUACAGAAUUAGGUGCUUUACCUCCUUCAUCAGUACCUGUUAUCUUACGAGAGUAUAAAAGUACAUAG